GUAAUGCUGCAAAUGAACCCCUAAAAUGAAUCGAAGAAACAACAUGGCGGCAAUAUCUAUCGGAUCGAAACUCCCAAAUUGAGAAAAAGAGAGAGAGCACCUCCGCUCCGCUCUCGCGAGCAAAAACCAGCUGAGCGACGUCGUCGUCGUCGCCGCCGCCGACGUCGGUCUUUAGUUAGAUCCUCCCGGCUGUUUCUUCCUGCAGCCAGUUUACGUUUGGCGGUCGUUCGAGAUGGAUGUAAUCGUGAACAACAACGUGUCACCGGUGACCGUUCCCGUCGCCGCAGUCGCUCCGUCGUCGUCGUCGUCCGGAACCACUUCCGGCAAGGUGGCCAACGGUAACGGUGUCCCGGCGUCGGCCAUUCCGCCGUCCUCGGCGGCCCGGUCGCUGCGAGUGCGCACUUCGAGCCAAAGUGGCAAGUACAACGAGUUUGCUGUGCUUAAUGAGAUCCAGCUCUGCCCGUCGGUCAUGUCCGAGGACACCCGGAAGAUGCUGCCACCGACGACGGAAACGAUCCAGUGCAAACCGUUCCCGAUUCGAGGGGAGCGUGCCAACUAUGUAAACAGUCCACAUGUCAUCGCGAUGGUCGGGUUGCCAGCGCGCGGGAAAACCUACAUCUCGAAGAAGCUGUCGCGCUACCUGAACUGGAUCGGCAUCAACACGAAGGUGUUCAACCUGGGCGAGUACCGGCGGCACGCGACCGACGCGUACCGCAGCCACGAGUUUUUCCGGCCCGACAACGAGAAGGCGAUGGCCAUCCGGCAGCACUGCGCCGAGAUGGCACUGGAGGACGUGUGCCAGUGGCUGGAGAACGGCGGGGAGGUGGCGGUGUUUGAUGCGACCAACUCCACCCGCGAGCGGCGCCGCAUGAUCCGGGAGAUUAUCGUGCACAAGAUGGGCUACAAGCUGUUUUUCGUCGAGUCCGUCUGCGACGACCCGCAGAUCAUCGAGCAAAACAUCAUGGAAGUCAAGGUGAGCAGCCCGGACUACCGGAACAUGAACAUGGAGCAAGCGCUGUCGGACUUCCGGCUGCGCAUCGAGCACUACCAGGAGCGCUACGAGAUGCUCGAGGAGGACACCGAGAAGGAGCUGUCGUACAUGAAGAUCUUCAACACCGGCGAGAAGGUGGUGGUCCACAAGCACGAGGGCCACAUCCAGUCGCGGAUCGUGUACUACCUGAUGAACAUCCACAUCACGCCGCGGACCAUCUAUCUGACACGGCACGGUGAGAGCGAACAUAACCUCAAGGGGUUGAUCGGAGGGGACUCGAACCUGAGCGAUCGUGGCCGUCGGUACUCCCAAGCGCUUGCCAAGUACAUCGAGGAGCAGCAGAUCGAGGGUCUCCGGGUGUGGACUUCGUGGCUCAAGCGCACCAUCCAGACCGUCGCGGACGUGAACGCGCCCCAGGAGCGCUGGAAGGCCCUGAACGAAAUCGAUGCCGGAACCUGCGAGGAGAUGACGUACGAGGACAUCCAGGCCAAGUUCCCGGUGGAGUUCAAGGCGCGGGAUCAGAACAAGUUCGCCUAUCGGUACCCGCGCGGGGAAAGCUACGAAGACCUGGUGGUCCGGCUGGAACCGGUCAUGAUGGAGCUGGAGCGGCAGGGCAACGUGCUGGUCGUGUCCCACCAGGCCGUGCUGCGGUGCGUGCUGGCGUACUUCCUGGACAAGACGGCCGAUGAGUUGCCGUACCUGAAGGUGCCGCUGCACACGGUCAUCAAGCUGACGCCGGUCGCGUACGGCUGCAAGGUGGAGCACAUCAAGCUGCCGAUCGAUGCGGUGGACACGCACCGGGCCAAGCCGGAGGUUCCCGGCUCCUUGGAUUCCAAAUUUGUCACGAAAGGGUCGACAGACUAAAACAAUCGCAACGUGGAUCAUGCCGUGCAGCGCAGUUGGCCAUGACGUGCUGUGCCCUCAGUUUCUUAUUAUACGUUCUUUAAUUGUUUUAUGUUUCUUUGUUGGCAAAACCAAGUUUUGUCGACUUUUUCUCCCCCUUUUUCGCGAAACUUUCCAUUAGUGUUACAAUUUACAUUGUUUUUUUUUUGUGUCCUUUCUGUUUUAUGUAGCAUUUAUUUUAACAUCGAAAAUAUAUAUUUUAAACUUUAAAAACUAUUGCACAUCAACCAACAAACACAAACAAAACUCUUCAAGAGACUUAAUUCUUCCCAUCCCAAGAGAGAUGACCAUUUUUCGUACUCGUGGCGAGACUGUAGAGUUUUAGAGGUGAUGUACAUAUUUUUACAAUCUCAAGCAGUUUUAUUUUGUACUCUGAAAGAAACAAAACGAACAAACAAUUUAGCCCCAAUUAGUGGAAAAAUAAUGAAAUGAUGAGAUACGCAUUAAACGUAAAACCUUAAACAAAUAUUUGUCUACAAAUAACUCAAUGCAGAGAUCAGAAAUUUAAAGAGAAAAAUAAAACAAACAAAUAAAGACCAUAAUUAGAGUGUAAGAAAUAGUUUCUACUUUUGUAAGCCAAAAGCAAACUGGUACUCUACACAUAAAAAAAAGUAAAAUCAAAUGAAAUAAUAUAAAAUAUACACACACACACGUAGCUGUCGUAGCAUGAGAGUAAUAAGAGAACAAUUAAAAAUAAAAACAGGAAACUCGAGAGAUCAAAUCUCGAGAGGCGAACAAAAAACAAA